AUGAAGGAAGAUAGAUCUCUCAAACAUCACAUGUUACCAUCUCUUGAUGGCGCCACAACAAGAAUUGCUAGACCUCACGUCGAAGCAAAUAACUUUGAGGUCAAGCCGGCGUUCAUUCAAAUGAUCACUCACAACCUCUCAUUUAAUGGAUUGCCUAGUGAUGAUCCUUAUGAGCAUAUUACCAACUUCUUGGAAUUAUGCAACACUUUCAAGAUGAAUAGGUUUUUGGAGAAGUAUUAUCCUACUUUAAAAACGGCAAAGCUUUGCAUGGCUAUUACCACAUUUGCUCAACAAGACUUGGAGAGCCUCCCUGAAGCUUGGGAACAGUUUAAUGAGUACCUAAGGAAGUGCCCUCAUCAUGGAGUUCCGGGUUGGCUAGUGGUGGAAACAUUCUUCAACGGGCUAAAUGGAGCAACAAGAAUGAUGCUUGAUGCGGCAUCCGGAGGGAGUUUUAGAGAAAAGGAACCCAACCAAUGCAAUGACUUGAUUGAAACCAUGGCGGCCAACAAUUAUGAGCGAUCCUUAAUUCAUAAACCAGUUAGAGACCAUGAGAUUGAAACUAUUUCAGCUUUAGAUGCCGAGGGAUCCAAUUAUGUGGAUAAUCAAGAAAGAGGCCAAAAUAAUUCCUACUAUAAUACCUAUAAUCCGGAGUGGAAAAAUCACCCAAAUCUUUCAUGGAGCAACACACAAAAUGCGGUAAGGCUUCCACCUGGAUUUCAACCUCAAGAACCACGGAAACCAAGUUUGGAAGAUAUUUUAAUUCAACAUAUGCAAAAGACCGAUUCGCUUCUCCAAAACCAACAAGCUUUUAUUAAAGGAUUAGAGAAUAAAAUUGGUCAUAUUGCAAACUUGGUGGCAACCCGCGCUCAAGGUACAUUGCCUCGCAACACCGAAGUUAAUCCUAAGGAGCAAGUUAUGGAAAUUACUUUAAUAAGAGGGUCUGAUUUUAAAUGGGCAUCAAUAAAAUUUCAAGAGGGGGAAGUAGAUGUUCUAGCCAAGCCGGUUAAGGAAGAAAAAGUAGUGGAGCUUAAGCCAUAUGUUCCAAAACUUCCAUAUCUGUAA